CCAGGGUUAGAAAGAGAAAACCAGAAAAUUUCUAGAGAGAGAGAGGAACUUUUGUAUCUCUCUCAAGCAAAUCCGCAGACACUUGAGCAGUAAAAAGCCUCUCUUUUUUUUGUUUCCAAUUUCAGCUGUUAAUUGUUUCUGGUUUUCUCUUCUUUUUCCAACGUUUUUGGAUCUCCAAUUUGUUGGGUAUUGGGGGAAAAGGGAAAUAUAUCUCAAAAGCUCAAGUGGGUUUUGGAGAUUUGGAGAGAAAUUUUUGAUGGGCAUGUGAUUUUUCUUCCUUUUUUUUUUUCUGAUUUAGUAGAGAGAGAAAUGGGAAGAGGGAAAAUAGUGAUUCGAAGAAUAGACAAUUCAACGAGCAGACAAGUGACUUUCUCAAAGAGAAGAAGUGGGUUACUCAAAAAAGCUCGAGAACUUUCAAUCUUGUGUGAUGCUGAAGUUGGAUUGAUCAUUUUUUCAAGCACUGGCAAGCUCUAUGAUUAUUCCAGCACCAGCAUAAGGUCGAUUACCGAACGCUACAACAAGGUAAAAGAGGAGCAAAAUCAGCUGAUGAAUUCUGUUUCAGAACUCCAGUUUUGGAAAAGAGAGGCAGCUACCUUGAAGCAACAACUGCAGUACUUGCAAGAAUGUCACAGACAAUUGAUGGGCGAAGAACUUUCAGGCCUGAGUGUCAAAGAUCUACAAAAUCUGGAAAGCCAGUUGGAAAUGAGUUUGAAAGGUGUCCGUGUGAAAAAGGAAAAGAUUUUAACUGAUGAAAUUACUGAACUAAGACAGAAGGGGAAUCAAAUGCAUCAAGAAAAUCUGGAACUCUACAAGAAACUAGAUAUGAUUCGUAAAGAAAAUGCAGAACUGCAAAUGAAGGCUUAUGGAGCACUGGAAGUGAAUAAAACAAGCAGUAGCUCAGUUCAUCAAUUCACUAUCACCAAUAGAUACAGUACCCCUGGUCCCGUCCAUCUACAGCUAAGGCAGCCACAACCACAAAACAAUGAAGCACCAAUACCAGGGAUAAAGCUGGGAUUGCAACUGCAAUAACAGCAGUUAGAUCAUGGAUGAUUUAUCCAUGAUCAUUUCAUCAACUGGUCGUGCAGUACAAGUCAUGUUCAACAU